AUGUCAAGUUCUGUCUACAGUUUGCGUAGAGGCGGCCAACAAAUUUUAGACACCACCAAAAUGGGCCAGACUAGCUCAGCAGCCUCUGAAGUGAAUACUUCUCCUGUUAAUCAACAACCUCCAGCUCGUUGUCCUGUAGAUCAUUCAGCUAUGCAAAAGACAACUGCACAACCGCCUGCAGAAUGUCCAGUCAAGCACGAUGUCAACCCACGAAACCAAAUGCCCACACUUGAACAACAUCCUAUUUCAUCAAACCAAGCAGCAUCGCUAUCAACUGAACGUGUUUCAUCGACCAUACCUCGUGAUUCGCAGGCGACGUGGGAUUAUCCUUCCCCCCAGCAGUUUUAUAACGCACUUGUUCGGAAAGGAUGGGAAACUCCCGAGGAACACAUCGAUACCAUGGUUGAUAUCCACAAUUUUUUGAACGAACAGGCAUGGGAAGAGGUCCUGAAAUGGGAGAAACGUAUCGACAACUCCGAACCUCCAUUUGAUCGUCAUGACUGGAUUGUACGACGAAAGACUGGGGAGGAAGUUCGAUAUGUCAUAGAUUACUACUCCCUUCCCGACCAGCCCGAUGGCACACCGGUCUUUUCUCUCGACGUUAGACCUGCUCUAGAUUCAGUAUCCAGUAUUAAAGAGCGUAUCUCUGUCGCAGCAGAAGAAGGCUGGGCUAAAAUUCGUCAGAACCCCGAAGUGACUACAAGAUAG